UGGAGGAGGGGCUUUAAAUGAAUGGGCUGCUUGCGCCUGUCCGUGUGUUAUUCAUUCCAAUGAAUAUGGUGGCGCAGAGUAUACGGUGAUUCUUCGCGACGACCGUUAUACUAUAUAAGAACAUUAUUCUUUAUACGCGAUGGCUUUGCGUUGGGGAAUAGCGAGCGCCGGAAAAAUUUCUCAUGACUUUACAAUUGCUCUGUCAACUUUACCCGAAACGGAACAUUGCGCGGUUGCUGUAGCAGCGCGCGAUUUGUCCAGAGCAAAAGCGUUUGCAGAGUUACACGCUAUAAAAAACGCAUAUGACUCCUACGAGCAACUGGCUCAUGAUUCAAACAUUGAUGUCGUUUACGUCGGUUGUUUGAACACCCAACACUUGGCGAUUGCUAAACUUAUGUUGCAAAAUGGGAAAAAUGUUGUUUGCGAAAAACCAUUGACACUCAACAAAAAACAAACGGCUGAAUUGAUUGGAGUGGCACAAGAAAAAGGAUUAUUUCUCAUGGAGGCUAUUUGGAGUCGAUUCUUUCCCGCUUAUGAUCAUAUAAAAAAAGAACUAGCUGCAGGGACAAUCGGGAUCGUUAAACAAGUCAUCGUAUCGUUUGGAUUCGACUUGAGCAACGUCGAGCGUUUGAGUUCCAAAGAGCAAGGCGGGGGAACGAUACUCGAUCUGGGGGUGUAUACAAUACAAUUUGCGAGUUUCAUAUUUGAAGGAGAGAAACCCCGGAAGAUCAGAGCAGCGGGUCAUUUGAAUGGCGAAGGAGUCGAUACGAGUAUGUCGGCAACUUUGUUGUACGGAAAUGAUCGGUUGGCGACGAUUGUCACAAAUGGAACAGUGAAUUUGCAAAACGAAGCCGUGGUAAUUGGUACCGAAGGUAUCAUCCGUGUUCCAAACUUUUGGUGUCCCACGAGUGUGAUAUUGCCAUCUCGAACCGUUGAAUUUCCCUUGCCAGGGGGACUGUCUUCGAAGAAAUUCAACUUUAUCAAUAGUGCAGGAUUGCGAUACGAAGCGGAGCACGUUCGAUAUUGCAUCCGAUCAAGUAGAAAAGAGAGUGAACGAAUGCCGCACGAGGAAUCAAUCCUCAUAGCAGAAAUUGAGGAUGAAUUGCGUCGACAGAUCGGAGUUAUUUAUAACGAAGAUUAAAUUUCAGCAAUGUAACGUUGUUAAGUAAUAGAAAUCAAAAAGCGAAAGAUAAAGGAUAGCUGGCGACGACAGCGUUCUCACGCUUUCAUAUUUCCAUAAAUGUUCCACGGACAAGGAAAAAUCAUUAUUUCAAAACUACACAAUGACAAAGGAUCGAGGAGAGAGAAGAUUUGACACGAUGAAACGAGAGUUGGCAUUUUUUUUGUUAAGCGAUUAUCGAAUUGUAAUUUUUGAAGAAAAUAACGUGUAACCUCCGGCAGAAUCAAUCUCACCCCCGCCGCCCGACAUGGAACCGGGUGCAGUGGGAGAUGGGUCAAGGGGGGAGGGGGGAUAGUAGAUUUCCUGAGAAUAGUAUUUGAGAAAAUUGUCAUCUUUUUGAGAUUUCAUUCUCCAAAAAUUUGUUCAUGAAGUUUUGACCAGACGCAAAGUUGGACAAAAAUUACUCGACACUUUCACAUGAUAUUGUGAGAAAAAUCAUCAAGUUUCGAAGGUUUCUCCGUCCAACUCCCUGGAUAUUUGGGUAUCACAGAAAAAUAAUGCCUCAAUAUUGGCGAUUGGCAAUGAUCGAGAUUUUAAAUCUAAAAAUAUAAGUCGAGAUGGAGCAUCGAGCUCUGCUAUCGAUAUUCUUUUCUCGUUAUCCAAAGAAAGCUUGACGAUGUGCAAAUCCUCCUGCGACAGAUGGAGCAAUUCGAGAUUGAGCGCCAUUUUCGUAUGGCUUGAUACUCGGUUAUCUUGGAAAAUAAUCUUGGAAAGGUUGGGUAAAAUUUUCCAUAAGGCUGGUGCGUGCUGACGUAUCGUUUUCGCAUUCUUGUAUUUCGAUCACACGUUAAUGAUGAUAAAAUUGGGAUUUUCGACUGCUCUUGAGAAAAUUUGUGAUCGAUGGCCUGACAUCGUUAACUGUUGAAAAAAAAAAUGAGCCGUGUCAAAAUAAAAUGGUUGAAGGUUGUUCGUAAAAUGAGACGAGCGAAUCAAAAUUGAAGAGAAUUACAAGAUAACCAAUUUUUGUUUAUUAUUGGAUAUAACCGAGUGUUGAAGAAUAGAGAUUUGUAAUCCUAAUCUUUAGGUCAUGCGAUAAUAAAAAGAUUUUGUAAUUUGUUA